CGUUCGUCUACUCGGGACGUAGUACAUUCAAGUCUCUCCAAUCCUUCGUAUUCUUCGUUUUUCUUCUUUGUUCGAUGACUUCUCUGAAUGAUCAAGAAUCGUCGAAAGGUUUGGCGGCGCACGAGAUCCCAAAGCUCUUUGAUCCUAUUGGCAAGGCUUCCAUUUCCUUGGAGGACUACAAGCAGGCACAUGCCGAGUCUAUAAGGGACCCCUCCGCCUAUUGGUCGCAGCAAGCUAAAUCCUACCUUGAUUGGUACGUUCCUUUCGAUCAGGCAUUGACGGGAGACUUUUCUGCCGGUGACAUUGCCUGGUUUGCUGGCGGUAAGCUCAAUGUUUGUUACAACGCGAUUGAUCGUCACGUGCGCAACGGCAAGGCUGAUCAAGUCGCCCUGGUCUGGGAAGGCGACGAACCAGAUGACAUCCGUCGUUUGACCUACCUCGACAUGCAACGCAAGAUUUCACAGAUUGCGAAUGCUUUGCACGCUCAGGGUGUUCGGCGUGGCGACGUUGUCACUAUUUACAUGCCCAUGAUUCCGGAAUUGCCCAUGACCAUGUUGGCCUGUGCCCGUAUGGGAGCCAUGCAUUCGGUUGUGUUUGCCGGGUUUUCCUCCGAAGCCUUGGCCCAGCGCAUCUCGGCGGCGCGCUCAGCCUUUGUGGUCACGGCCGAUCUGGGCAAACGCGGAGGCAAGUCGAUUGAUUUGAAAGGAAUUGUGGAUGCCGCACGUGCCAAAAUCGAUUGCGAAGACAUUAUCACGUCGGUCAUGGUCUGGGAGCGAUUUUUCGACCAAGAUUCCGAAACAGCUCCCUAUGAUAUGCAGCCAAAGGAUGUACGCAUGGAUCUGCUGGUAGCGGGACAGCGACCCUGUCACGUUCCCGAGUGGAUGGAUGCAGAAGACGGUCUCUUUUUGCUCUAUACAAGUGGAAGUACGGGAACACCCAAGGGUCUAUUGCACACGACGGGAGGCUACGCACUAUACGCUGCGUUUACCACCAAGAAUUCCUUUGCGUUGGAAGACGGUGAUUUGUUCGCGUGUGUAGCCGAUUGCGGUUGGAUUACUGGCCACACGUACGUUGUCUACGGUGCACUAUUGAACGGAGCAACCACUUUCGUCUUUGAGUCGACGCCCGUCUACCCGGACCCUGGUCGCUACUGGGACAUGGUCGAGCGCCACAAGAUUACUCAAUUUUACACCGCACCUACCGCCAUUCGUUUGUUAAUGCGGUAUGGCGAUCAUCACCCCGCGAAGUACGAUAUGUCAUCCGUCAAGGUGCUUGGAACUGUCGGUGAACCCAUUAACCCCGAAGCCUGGCGCUGGUACUUUGAAGCCGUGGGCAAGUCCAAAUGUACCAUUGUCGAUACAUACUGGCAGACGGAGACCGGCGGACAUAUUGUCACAAAUUUUCCCGGUGUUACACCCAUGAAGCCUGGAUCUUGUACCUUUCCAAGUUACGGUAUAGAUACGGUGAUUCUGGAUCCCAUGUCCGGGGAGCCGGUGACGGAAGCAAACGAGAAGGGACACAAGGAAGGAGUUUUGGCUGUUCGUCAACCGUGGCCCGGCAUGGCCCGUACAUGCUUAGGUGACCACCACCGAUUCAUGACUACCUACUUGAAAGUGUACGAGGGCUACUACUUCACUGGCGACUCCGCCUAUUUGGACCAAGAUGGUUUCCACUGGAUCGUUGGGCGUGUCGAUGACGUUUUGAACGUUUCUGGGCAUCGUAUUGGAACAGCCGAGGUCGAAUCUGCGUUGGUUUCUCAUGCUGCGGUCGCGCAAGCUGCUGUUGUUGGACAACCUCACGAAAUCAAAGGCCAGUCCAUUGCCGCAUUUGUUAUGCUCACGGACGGCUUUUCUGAAUCGGAAUCACUAAUCAAGGAACUGCGAAGUCUAGUGCGUCAAGAAAUAGGUGGGUUUGCUCAACCUGACUUAAUUUGUGCAACCCAAAGCCUUCCCAUGACACGGUCUGGAAAAAUCAUGCGUCGUAUAUUGCGCAAAAUUGUUUGCAAUGAAGUCGAGUCCCUGGGCGACACUUCUACUUUGGCCGACCCAUCAAUCGUGGACGAGCUCAUUGCCAAGGUUGCCGAACUACAAGCAGCCAAGUAAGCUUGUUUCCUACGCUAUCGGUGACGAUACUGUCAUUGACAUUUAGUUGGGGAGGUAUAGUAAGAUCGAAAGAGAACCAAGGUUGAGAGAUUUCUUAUGGGCACUGGGUAAAAGUUACAACAAGUCUAGCCGAGCGCAGGGUCUUGCUAUUUUGCUUGUUGUCGAUACCAAACACAAACUAAGAAACAUAUGUCUGUUGCGCGU